AUUCCCGACAAACUCAUCGGUAUCUUGAACCGACCUUCGCACUGGGAAGUCCACUUCCGAUGCACAUAAAUGCACCGUCCACGAGCCUUUCCACUCACUGAAGCAUCAUGGGGUUCCGAAAGGCGCUUUCAUUGUCAUUAUUCUCCUCCUUUGUGUGCCUUAUAGUACUAUGCGCUGGCCUCAAUGACACGUCCGACCCCAAUUACUGGGAAAACUUCGCCAAAAACCUGACCCAACAAGCCAAAAACAACUUAAGUAGCUUGGAUGACUUAGGUUCCAAAAUAACGCAACAAGUGCACGACGGCCUUAGACCAGUUCGAGAAAUGCAGUUCAAAUUGAGGUUAAAAAAUGGAAAUCGUGGUUCCACGCUCGCCAUUUUCAAAGAUAGACGCUUCAUUAUCCACGACGGCGUAAUGUUUGAGUGUAACGGCAACAUUUCCAUGAGAGACGGUUCCUGUUCUGGUACUCUCCGCAAGGGCAGGUUUAAAGACAAGGAAGAUUUUUGUUAUCUUCCGAUAAACGUGGCUAUCAACAACUGGUACUGUAUUUCCAAUGGUCCUGUUAAUUUUAGUUAUAACAAAGGGAAAACUAAUUGUGCUAACGUUGAUAACGGACUGGCUUUGGCGAUUACGAAGGAUGCGUAUUCGGAGUUGUGCGGAAGCGGGGGAUUGCCCGUUACCUAUAAAUAUUUUACGGAAGAAGUAGAAGACCAUAGUGCUGAUGUGCACUGUUCUGAUACUAAACCCUAUGUUUGUACAUUGACUGAACACCAAGAUACUGAAGUAGUCUACUCGGGAGGGUCGAAGGUUCAUACACAGUCGAUCAUAUUGUUACUGCUGAUGCUGUGUAAUUUUUUUAUAUUUGUCUAAAUUUUGAAUAUUUUUAAAAUAGGUUUUGUUAUUUAUUAUGAUUUUUCAUUUUGUAGUGUAUAUAAAUAAUAAUUGUAAUAAAUAUCAGGAAUGUGCCAUGACAGGAUAAAA